AUGACGGAUUCGCUGCACAACGCGCCAAUUGUCCUGGACAAUGGCUCCGGUACGAUCCGAGCCGGUUUCGCAGGAGAUGACCUGCCUAAAUGCUACUUCCCUUCGUUCGUCGGUCGGCCCAAGCACUUAAGAGUUCUCGCCGGCGCGCUCGAGGGCGAGGUGUUUAUCGGGCAGAAGGCGGCAACGGAGCUCAGAGGCCUGCUCAAGAUCAGGUAUCCGCUGGAGCACGGCAUCGUCACGGACUGGGACGACAUGGAGAAGAUUUGGGAAUACGUCUACGGCGAAGGCCUCAAGACGCUCAGUGAAGAGCAUCCCGUUCUCCUGACCGAACCGCCCCUCAACCCUCGCAGCAACCGCGACACAGCGGCCCAGAUCCUCUUCGAGACUUUCAACGUCCCGGCACUGUACACAUCAAUCCAAGCCGUUCUUUCAUUAUACGCCAGCGGUCGGACGACCGGUAUCGUUCUCGACUCGGGCGACGGAGUGUCACACGCGGUGCCGGUGUACGAGGGUUUCGCCAUGCCGAGCAGCAUCAGGCGGAUAGACGUGGCCGGACGCGAUGUGACCGAGUACAUGCAAAUGUUGCUGCGGAAGAGCGGCUACGUCUUCCACACCAGCGCCGAGAAGGAGGUUGUGCGGCUCAUCAAGGAGUCUGUCACUUACGUCGCCCACGACCCCAGGAAAGAGGAGAAGGAAUGGGCAAACAGGACAGACCCGGCCAAGGGCGUGGAAUAUGUUCUCCCGGAUGGGCACAAGCUCAAGAUCGGUGCGGAACGGUUCAGGGCACCGGAAAUCCUCUUCGACCCCGAAAUCAUUGGCCUCGAGUACCCUGGUGUGCACCAAAUUGUCGUCGACGCCAUCAAUAGGACGGAUCUAGACCUGCGCAAGUCUCUCUACAGCAACAUCGUGCUCUCUGGCGGCAGCACGUUGACCCGGGGCUUCGGUGACCGUCUGUUGACGGAGCUGCAACGACUGGCCGUCAAGGAUAUGAGAAUAAAGAUUUUCGCGCCGCCAGAACGCAAGUACUCGACAUGGAUCGGUGGAAGUAUUUUGGCUGGUCUUAGCACUUUCCGAAAGAUGUGGGUGAGCAUCGACGACUGGCAUGAGAACCCGGAAAUCAUUCACACCAAGCUUACGUGA